AUGUUCAUCAGAAAGUUAUUCAACAGAGUUGAAGACAUUUUCAAAGAGCGGAACGACCCGCUUAUAUGGAGUAGAGAGUUGGAACGACAUUUCGGUGGGUCGUACUCCUAUGCUUGCAUGAGAGCUCGACCUGGACCCCAACUUGAGUUCAGUCAUGUAGAGCUUGGCUCUAGAGCAACUUUCGUAGGGAUUUAUGAUGGCCACAAUGAUAACAUUUUAAGGGAGCGAAUAAUCGACGAAGAGAAGAUGACUCAAGCAGUAGAUGCCAUGGAGAACCAAAUUAUAGCGCUUUCAAGGGAGGAUAUAACCCAAAAACGUAAGUAUGGUAGCACAUUUGUUACGAACCAAAUUAAUGAUGUUGAUAAUCAUCAAGACGAACCUGCAAGAUUUCAUUUUCAACGCCAACAUCCUGAGGCACAUGCAUUUACUGCGGAUGAUUCCGGAGUCUUUUUGGUUAAAGGCAAAGUUAAGGUCACUAAAUCUUUAGGGGAUGCAUAUCUCAAGUAUGAUGAUUGUGCAGUUCAAACUCCCGAUUUAGUGCGUUUUCAUAUUCCAGGACCAACGAGUAGGCCUUACCUUACUGUUGAAGUGCAAAGCCCAACACAAACAUGUAGACUCCUUAGCAAGCCGGCAAAAUUUGUCAUAAUAGCUUCAAAUGGCCUUUGGGACUUUUUGUCCAAUGAAGAAGCGACGAUAAUCGUCCAAACUCAUCCGAAAGAAGGGAUUGCACGUAUACUGAUCCAGGAGGCACAAAAGGUGAAAGCGAGAAUUAAUCGUUACGCAUACAUCAAUCUUCGAAACAAUACAAAUAAUCAAAAUGAGGUCCACGAUUGA